AUGACAAAUACGUUAUGCCAGGAGGAAGAUGCAACUGAGCUUGAGGCUCAAGCUGGAGCUCCGGCAACGCCAAACCUCCCAACAGUACCAUACACCGUCUUCUCACGAUCUACAAUCCGACUCUUGACGGCUCUGAUUGGGACGGCGAGCAUUUUUUCGUCGCUGUCAGCAAACAUUUAUUUUCCUUCGAUCUCGGCUCUUAGCCGGUCUCUGCACACGUCCAUACAAAAGAUCAAUCUUACUAUCACCUUGUACAUUGUUGUGCAGGCCAUUUCUCCAGCUUUGUUAGGUGGUUUAGCAGACAAUAUUGGGCGCCGCCUCAUCUAUCUCAUCAGCUUUUCCGUGUACGUGUUUGCCAACCUAGGUCUGGCCCUACAAAAUGAGUAUCCGGCGCUGCUUGUUCUGCGGAUGCUCCAAAGUUUCGGAUGCUCCGCUGCGAUCGCCAUUGGCUUUGGUGUGGCCGCUGAUGUUGCUGUGCCUGUCGAAAGGGGCGGUAUGUUGGGACCUGCAAGCAUUGCAAUGAAUCUAGGCACAUGUCUUGGUCCAUUGUUAGGAGGCCUACUAGUGAAGAACGCAGGAUGGCGAUGGAUGUUCUGGGUGUUACUUAUUUUUGGCGCUUUAUUUCUCCUCAUCCUUUCUGCGCUCCUACCCGAGACGGCCAGGUCUGUGGUGGGAAAUGGCGAGAUUGAAGCGCCGGGCUGGAACCGACCCUUGCUGCCUCACGCAAAGUUCAAGACCGGGAAAAGUACCCGACAGCCAUCAAACUCAUUCGGGCAUUCGAGCGAGGGGCUGAGAACCCGGGAUCUGUGCAGGGCUGCAAACCCAUUUAGAUCGCUAAGGCUACUCCUUCAUCGGGACAUUGGGCUCGUGGUCUGGUCAAGCGCAAUUGUAUACGCUGCUUACUAUGUCAUUCAGGCUUCUAUGCCACAGAUUCUGGAGAACACAUAUGGAUUCAAUGAGCAAGAGGUCGGACUUUCAUAUCUAGCUAUCGGGGAAGGAGUGGUUUGGAGGUUAUGCGAACGGUACGGUCUUUCUAUCAUUGUUUCGUCACAGCGUUGCGAGCUAUGUACGGAGCAGCCUAAUAUCAAGGACAAGUUUCUCAAUUCCGGGGCCUCAUAUCUUUUGGCAACCUUGCCGCUGAAGCUUCUCCUCAAGCAGUCGACUGUCCUUUCCACUCCCCGCGCACUGGACAAAGGGCUAUCGCUGAUGCGUUUGUGA